GGGCGUGGCAUGCUGGGAGCUGCAGCCCCAGCCUCUGCCGUGCGCUCCCCGCCCGGCCACCGGCGCCCCAGCCGGAGCCCGCGCGCGCCCCCACGCGACCGGCGGGGCGCGCUCACGCGGCGGGGGCGGGGCACAGCGGCUCCGCCCUCUCCUGCUUUGGCGCCACAGAGCCCGGGCGCAGCGCGGGCAGCUGCGGAGUUGGCGUGAGCGAGAUGAACGGGGAUCAGCCCAGCUCCUGCGGCCAGCUCAACGGGUUUGGCAGUGAAAUGCUCUGUAAAAAACGGGAGGACUAUUUGGAAUGGCCUGAAUAUUUUAUGGCAGUAGCUUUCUUAUCAGCACAAAGAAGCAAGGAUCCAAAUUCUCAGGUUGGUGCUUGCAUUGUGAAUUCAGAAAACAAGAUUGUUGGAAUUGGAUAUAAUGGGAUGCCUAAUGGUUGCAGUGAUGAUUUGUUGCCCUGGACGAGAACAGCACAGAGUAAGCUAGACACAAAAUAUCCUUAUGUGUGCCAUGCUGAAUUGAAUGCCAUUAUGAACAAAAACUCAGCUGAUGUGAAAGGCUGCAGCAUGUAUGUUGCCUUGUUUCCAUGUAAUGAAUGUGCAAAGCUCAUCAUCCAGGCAGGUAUAAAAGAAGUUAUUUUUAUGUCUGACAAAUACCAUGAUAGCCCUGAAAUGACAGCUGCCCGUCGCCUGUUUGAUUUAGCUGGAAUUAUAUACAGGAAAUUCAAACCAAAGUGCAAUAAGAUCAUCAUUGACUUUGAUUCAAUUAACGGCAGACCGAGUCAAAAGCCUCUGUGAGUUACGUCUCAUUAAAUCUCUAGAAGAUUGUGAUUAUCCUUUUCUGAGAAGCUGCUAAUGCCUUUCAUCUUGAAGUCACACAUAACUUUUUAAUAGCCACUACAGCCAAAGUAGACAUCUGAAGAAUGUAAGGCCUGAAAUUUUUCUCUGUCAGCCUUGUCGUACAGAAUCUACAUCUAAACUUUUGGUUGCUGCAUUUUUUUCAAGCCUGCUUUAAAAUCUAGAACUCUAUAGAGGAAACAUAGUACUGCAUAUGUACUACAAGAAAAUGGUUUUGAUUCUUACUGUGUCCAUCAUCUGCUCUAUUAAAUGGAGUCAGAAUCAUUGAAGACAGUCUAACAGUAGUAUUUAUUGUAGGCAAUAGCGUGCUGGAAAACCUCACUUACAUAUAUGGAUCUGUCCUUAUUGGAUACAGGGAUCGAAAUAGCUAAUCCACAUGAAGUGUAAGAAGAGAUGUCCAUGCAAAUAUUGAUAUUCAAUCUACAGAAUUACUAGAAUAUUCUUGUUAAAAAGUUACAACAAUUAGAUUAAAAUAUUGUGGUGUCAAACUAUAGUGUUGCAAUGUACUUUUAUUUGCAGAUGUGAUAGUGAUUUUUCUUUUAAUUGUUGUCUUACAUUGUAAUAUAUGGUGUGUGUGUGUGUGUGUGUGUGUGUUUUAGAUAUGUUUGGAGAAUUUUCUGUGUUGGAUUCGGUUUAGAGGGGCUUUAAAUUCUUUUUCCCAAGAACUUAAUGGGGGCUAAGUGAAUAAAUCAUUGGACUUUCACCUAUGGGACCUUAUUUGGAGUUGAUUUUCUUGCCUAAAAGGAAGUUAGUUUAUUGGUCUAAGUUUCUACUAGACAAUCCAACACAGUUCAAUCUCAGAAUUAACCUGUAAGGUAACUGAAUAAUUUCUUGUCCUCAGAGAGAAACGAGAUAUUCAACCCAUGUUGAGGUUGUCUAUGCCAAAAGUAGUAAUUGUGGUUUAACUUGUUUCUUAAUGCUGGCACAGUGCCUUCAUUUUCACAAAUGUUGCCUAAAAUAAUGUCCUUUUUAAUUUUAUUUUGAGGUUUGGGAAUAGAUUUGAGUGCCUUUUCUUUAAUUUGAUUUUUUUUAAAUUAAAUAUGCCUAAUGGCUUUGUUUAGAAGAUUUUUUUUUUAUCCCAGAGGUAAUCAUAUUUUUUUUAAAUACGGUUAUAUUUCAGUAAGCUUUUAUUUUUUUCUGUAAAGGCUUUCUGUUCCAUAUUUUGGGACAUUAUGUAAUUUGGCUUCCUACCAGUACUAUUAAGUAUUAUUAAAAUCUGCUAUGCUGAAGUAGACUCAUUACUAUAAUAUUACAACAUGUGCUAGACUCCAGAGUGCUGCUGUUUUUGCAAUCAUAUGCAAAGCAUAUUUUGUACAUUUGUGAUGUCAUUACAUAAAGUGUAAUGUUCAAAAACCACUUGGCUCCUAAAGGGACAUUAUGGUGUAAUGGUAAGAUGUCAGUUAUUUGUGACCUUUUCCCUUACUCCCUCCAACUUCCAUAAUUGUUUCUCACCUGCAAUUUGGUCUGAAAUCAAGAGAUUUUUUUUUUUUAUGUGCUAAUUUUGAGGUGGAUUGGACUGACUAUUUGAGAAUCUAAAAAUUACUUUCUAAUUUUCCUACCCCCACCUCAGUUCUCAAAUGGCUUGUACUAGGAGCUCCAUGUUUAUUUCAGUAUGUCUGUAAGAUGAAAUGUAAAGAGGUAUGUCAAAUUAUCCUGGGUUGAUCACUGGGGGAAAAUCUCUUAUAGCUACUUCAACAAUGAAUUUUUGGAUUUUAAAAUGCAAUUGUUGCAAAUAUCACAAGGAGUUCUCUAUAUCUUAUGAACAACAUAUUUAUUGUUCUACAGUGUCUGGAUCAUGUCAAACAGAAAAGACAUAAUACUGACAACAUGAUCUUAAAAAAAAAAAUUGAGCUCCAUUUCAGAGUGAAUAAAUGGUCUGAAGAA